CAUGGAUAGUGAGGGCACGCGUGUGUGAUUCGCUCCAAGUAUGGGGCUGGCUUUUCCAAAGUGGAGUGGAAUUUAAUAGUGCGAAAGUGUUUGUCGAGAUAACAGUGGUUUCUUGUGGCAAUAAUGCCGGAGUCUGAAAAGUCGUUAGACCUUAAGCUUCACAGUCCAGCUGGUGUGGAGCCGAUAAUAUUUCACUGGCCGCUGACAUCGGGUUCAGGAGCGAUGGGUGUGCGAGGAUAUACCAGAGCUCAAGAGAGCCAUGGAAGUCAACAUUCUCUCCGACUACGAUACUCGCAGUUACGAGAGCAUGAGGCAGCUGUGCGACAAGUACAACCGUGCCAUCGACUCCAUUCUUCAGCUGGAGAAGGGGACCAGUCUGCCUGCUGCUCGUCUCAACAAGCGUCCAUCUCGGGGAAUGCUGAAGCACAUCCUAACACAAAUCUACAACCAAGCCGUCGUUGAUCCUGAGAAGCUCAAUCAAUAUGAACCUUUCUCACCUGAGGUUUAUGGUGAGACGUCGUAUGAGUUGAUCUGUCAGAUGAUUGACCAGAUCCAUAUUACGGAGGAUGACACGUUUGUGGAUUUGGGUUCGGGUGUUGGUCAAGUUGUACUGCAGAUGUCUGCACUCACACCUUGCAAGAUCUGUAUUGGAAUUGAAAAGGCAGACACUCCUUGCAGAUAUGCCAUUGAAAUGGACCGUCUGUACACCAAAUGGAUGAGAUGGUAUGGCAAGCAGCACAGUGAGUACAAGCUCUCAAAAGGAGACUUCUUAAAGAAAGAACACCGGGAAGUCAUCACCGGUUCUUCCAUAGUCUUCGUCAACAACUUCGCCUUCGGCCCAAAUGUAGAUCACAUGCUCAAGGAAGUCUUUGCCGACCUCAAGGAUGGGGCUCGCAUUGUUUCGUCUAAAUCUUUUUGUCCUCUUAACUUCAGAAUAACUGAUAGAAACCUAAGUGAUAUCGGGACCAUCAUGCAUGUGUCGGAAUUGUCACCACUCAAGGGCUCGGUAUCCUGGACAGGGAAACCUGUCUCCUACUACCUCCAUAUUAUUGAUCGUACCAAGUUGGAGCGCUAUUUCCAAAGACUUAAGAACCCCAAACUGAGGGAGGAUGAGGCUCCUAGUGUGCGCAGAGUUCGGAGGGACCUCACCAAGGCCUCGCUUAAUUCUGAAACUUCCUCUAACAACUCCUCUGACCAAAAUAAGGAUCUUGAUGACCCGGUGAUUGGCCCAACAACCAGGCGUGCAUGGAAUGACUGGUGUUCUAGCUCAACUAUCAUAAAUUCCUCUUCGUCUGCCAAAACCACCCCGAAGGGUUCAUCUUGUCGAAGCUCAGCUGAUGAGAAUGACGAAAAUGUCAACAAUGGUGCGACUCGACAUGCGAAUGCAGGGAAAAGACGGAGAAAUACUCAGAGAAGAGCAGCCGCUUCCAAACCAUCUAUUGUGGAUGAGCCAGAUCCUCCUGUGGCGCCCCGAGUGCAGAGACGAACCACCAUAAGCAGACGGGGUGGGAAAAGAGGUCAGAGGACGAACAAGAAGCCUAUCAAAAUUAAUGGAUUGGAUCUCCUACAUACGCAGACACUACUCAGCACAACGGAAGUGGUCCACAGCCAGCGCAGACAGUUGGAUGCUAUGGCUUUGACUGGGAGGUGCCACUUAACGAAAGCAGAGAAAGGUACUGCAGGAAAGCAGACAUCAUACCAAGAGCCUGCACCUGGCUGCGUUGAUCAGAAGUUGUCCCUCUUUACAUCAUCCACAGUUGGAGGCGUGAUUCGGCAUGAGGAAUUGCCCAUUCCUCCAAAGUCAGACACGCCAUAUGCCCUGGAGGUUCUCCUGGAUGUAUUUCGUCAGCAGUUCCUUAACAUGUUGGAUACCAUCAAGAAUCCUGAUUACAAAGACUAUGUGUUACAACAGAUUGAGGUAGAAAAGGAAAAGAACAAGUCUUUGAAAUCACGAGCAGCCCAGCUUGAAAGACAGAUCAAGGUUCUUAUUGAUGAUUCAGUUGCUCUGUUAAGAUCUCGCAUCUCAGAACUGGGUAUGACAGCUGCAAAUCCAGAAGACCUUCUAAACAGAGCUAAGGAGAUUGUUUGGCGCCACAAGGAGCUUCAAGCAAAUGUUUCAUCCCUUCAACAACAAGUAACAUCUGCUGAGGAAGAAAAGGAGCGACUUGUAAGACUAAGAAAACAUGAAAUGAUUAACAAGUACCAGAGGAAUGGACACGUUAAUGGAGUGAACCUUGACAUGUCCAACUUAACGCAAGAGUUCAUCCUGCGAGAGAUUUCUCAGACUCUAUCACAGAGAAAGAAGCUUCACACUCAGGUUUCAAGACUGGAAUCUGAGGUCAAUAAUCUGGAGAGUUCAUCACCAGAGGCUGCAAGAAACCAGAACCUGGGGCAACGCUCUGAUAAGUCACCAGGGAGGCACAAGACCAGACAUAGGAGCCGCAAUCAGGAAUGGCCAAACAUUCCUGAUGUAGGAAAAAUUGAGGAGAAGAAUCCUGAAAUUUUAGCUCAGAAGAUACUAGAGACUGGGAGGCAAAUUGAAGCUGGAAGGUUCCCUGUACUUCCUGCUGGCACAGAAGUUAGAGUACAUGAAGGCCGAUUACCUGUCAACAGUGAAGCUGCACGUAUGCCACAUCCCACAGAUGGAAGACCAACAGAAGUGAGGACACAGUCAAUACCUGUCAGUCAAGAAGGUGGCCGUGUUGUGGUGCUGGCUCAGAGAUCGUUACCAAACAAUACCCUGACAGCAAAGGUUGAGGUGACUAGUCAACCAGAGACAAAAUACCAGCCACCUCCAGUUCGACCUCCUUCAGAAAAGAACCAAAGAACUUUCUCAAUGGUACGGGCUCAGGAACCUCCAAGAGUGGCGGACUUUGAAGAUCGUUUGAAGCUGAUAAUUACAAAUGUCCUUAAUGAAGACAAGCCACCUGCUUUGCAGCAGAGACCAUCUCCCGUCCCAACCCAGUCACACCAGUCCUAUUCAUUGCCUGGGGCAAACAGUCAGGAGCUGAAAAAAGAGAUGAGAGAAAAGAGAGGUGAAAUUCGAGAAAUAAAAGAAUUAAAAGAGUCAAAAAUUGGUCAGCCAGACUACACGCAGGUUUCCCCUGCCAAACUAGCCCUGCGGCGUCACCUUUCUCAGGAGAAGCUUGCAUUGGAAUGUGGACCUCCUGGCUCACUCAAAAUUCAAUCUAUCACCAGAAAUGUUGGAGAUCUUAUCAGUAGUGAAGUAGAGCGAUCAUUAGAAAUCUCCUCCCAAUCUACUGGCAGUUCUGCUGUUGACAUGACCAUAGCAGGAAAAUCCAUCUCUCCACGUCCAAAUUCACGAAUAGCAAGAAUAGUGGAAGAGAGUUAUGGCAAACCCCACACCCCUGAUAGUGGUGAUGGUCGCCAACAGUCUCCAGCGUUGCGGAUGGUCUACUCACCCAUCUCGAGGCCAAACAGCACUGAGAGCCUGCCCUCUACACCACAACCACCACAGGCAAUGGAAGGCUUGAUGUACCCUCGAGUCAAGUCUCCUCGGGGCCAGCCAUUUGAGGAGAAGCCACACAUGCCCCCACCAGUACCAUCGCCUGGUCGAGAUGGGCUAGAGGCCCGUCUAGCUUCCAUGUAUGGGACCAAGUGCCCACCACCUCCUUCAACCCCUCCCACCAGCCAGGCCACUCCCCCCUUGCCUUCAGGGGAUAAUAAUAAGAGCAGAUAUGUGCCACUUCCAAGGGCAGAAAUAUCACCUAUCCCUCACCACAUGAAUGAAAAUAGAGGCUUACCAGUUGAGGGUCCUGUGGAGGGACUUGCUGCAACACUUCAUGCAAGAUUUGUCAGUAGACCACACCUUCAAACAAAAGUAAAGGUCAAGGAGGAACCCAUUGAUGUGAGAAGUCAAGAGGAUGACCGAAUGAAGCGCAAGAUGAGAUCCCCCCCUCCGCUGCCUAUGACCAUCCCACCCAAGAAGCAGCACUACUCAGAAGGUCCCCCACCCUCUUCCAAUGCGUCUUCAGUCAUGAGUCCGCCAUCGUCCAUGUCCUGUGUCCCAGUCACUCUGCCAACAGCCUCCCAGUCGUCCUCUUCCAAUAAACCCUCCAUUAUUGUCAGUCACCCUACUACCAGCCAGUUGAAGACAGAACCACUGGACAAGAAAAUAGAUGGAUUUGAGAGAAGUGAUUCUCCACUUCAGAAAUGGCAAGAUAAAAUCAACAGUGGAUUUGACAAGCUGGUAGCCUUUGCAUCAGAAGUAGAUAAACGGCGAAAGUCAACUGAAGGCACUUCCCCAAGGCAAGAAGGAUUUGCAUCUCCAAGAUGCACAGAACGGAGGCCUACUCUAACAGCAGAGCCUCCGCACCCACUGGAGCGUGAUGCAGCAAAUUUUCGUGCCAGGCAAGAGGAUGAGGAAGUAAUCCGGAGCAGUGACCCAGCAGGGCCCCGUCCAUACUCUCCUCAUUCCCCGCCAAGACUCUCUCCCAGUCCCAUUCCUCAUGGGCGUCCGCCAACACCCCAGUCACCCAGGCCUCCCAUGAGAACACCUCCGAUCUCAUCACCACCUCCAACCCCCUCACCUGAUAGGUGUGGUGGAGAAUCUCCAAGCCUUUUUCCUCCAAGAGGAGGAGAAACUCCACCCUACUUACCUCCAGACUUGGAAACUACUCGACUUGUAUCGCCUGUUACAUCACCUACAGAACAUGGCAUUUACCACCACCAUUUCAAGAAGAAGUUCUAUCACAAGGAGCGGAUAAGUCCCCUUGAAACAGACCAUCAUCAUCACCACCACCACAACCACACACAUCACGGCAAGUUCCGUCCCAAAGGCAAAGACUGGCAGUGGAGGAAUCGGUCAUCACAUCAUCAAUCAUCCCAUCACCACCAUAGCCGAAGGUCCCCUCCAGCACCGUCGUCUCAUCAGCUGCCAUAUGUGAACACCUCUCACAACCACCACAACCACCAUCGUCACUCUUCUGCCUACCCACCAUCUGUACCACGUCACCAUCAUAACCACCACCAGUUGGUGGCUGCAGCAGCACCUUCACAGAGAUCGCAAGGCCCACCCCCACAAGGCCAAUAUUAUCAUUAGUUGUGGCUGUGUGGAGCAGAGGGUUUGUUCACCAGGUGGCAGUGUGCAGUAUUCAAGAACACCACAAGCACCAACACCAAGACUGUAGAAUGGCCACUUGGUAUACAAGCCUUUGUGUAAAUGUUUAGUCACUUCAGGAUUAAGUUGCCUAAACUUUUAUGAAUUUUGAAGAAAAUACUAAAGAUAAUGAAUUACAAACAAAAUAAUAAAUAUAAUUAAUUACAGACAAAAAAAAAAAAUUAAUUACAAACAAAAUCACUAUAAAUUAUGGCAUAGCUGCAAGUGGAUCUCUUGUCCUUAGGUUGGAGGUUUUGAAAAUCUAUGGCCGAGUUGAAAAAGGUUGGAUGACUCUUUGAACAUAAGUUAGAGGAAGUGGGAAUUGUGUAAUUAGAAUUUUAGGUUACCCAUUACAUAGUUACAAUUGCCACUAAAGUCAUAGUAAAAAAAAGAAGUUUGGUUUGUGCAGAAACCAGAUAGGUAUAUAACUUAGGGACCUUUAUGUUCAUAUAUGAUUGUUCUACAGAUUAACUUUUCCCUCAUACAUUACAGUUUUCCUAUGGGUUAUCACCAUUAUUACACAUAAGCAAAUCUGGGCAUAGAUAAUGAGUAUAAUACCCAUCACGAAUGGCAUUAUUGUUUUAUGUUCAUGAAAAAGUCUUCACAGGGUCAGGUUCCUAAUUGUUAUAUAUGAAAUAUUUAUAUGGGUACUUCACUGACUGAUGAAUUCAUUACAACACAUAUUUGAUCACAGGCUUUUCCCCAUCGGUCAGCCCAUUGAAAAUUCAAAGAGGAGACAGUUUAUAUUCUGAUAUCAUUAUUUUAUGAUAGCCAACAUAGUCAGAAAUGAUUGUACUGCCAAUUAGAGGGCCAGCUAAUAAUCCAUACACAUUUAUGUAACACUGAUAUUGGGAAGAUGCUAGCAGCCUUGAGUAGACAAUUUUGUGCAUAAAAUUUAAUUAUAACCCUGUUCAUUAGAUUACCAAUGAAAACUUGCCUGAUUUUUUAUAUGACUGGUAUUGAAGUUUUUCAUGCCAGUAAAUUCAAGUUCAUAACUGUUGGGUUCCUUGGAAGGCAAUUUUAGAUAUAUUUAUAUUUCCAAUAAGUUUCACUUUUUUUUUUUUAAGACCUGAAUGUAUAUGAUUUUUUUCAAUAAUCAUAAUAUAUAAUACUGUUUUUAGUAAUUGAGAUAUCAUUGCCUCAAAGGGAAUAUCAGAUUUUUUCUAUCAAAGGCUGACUAGGCUUUUUUUUCUAUAUUGACAUAGACACACUGCACAUGUACACAUGUCCCCCCCCCCCCCAUACACACACACUUGCAUGCACAGAUGCACAUACACAUGCCCCCCAACCCCUCCCACAAACAUUCAUAUACACACACACACCCAUUUAUUGCUAAAUGACAUAGAAAAUUGACUUAUAACAUCAAUGUUGAUCAUAGAUAUAUAUAUGUGUACUGGUUUAUUAGUACCUCUUUCAGGAUUUAUUUAUAUAUGCUCAAUUCUUAUUUAUAUGAUAUUUAUUUAGUUUCUUAUACCUCAGUGUUUGAUUUCAGCCAGGUUUGAGAAAAGCAGGAGGACAUACAUGUAAGGAGGGUAUGCUGAACACAAUUCUUGGCACCGAAAGAUUGUUUUGUACACAUAAUAUCCCUGUCAUUUAUCAUGUUAACUGGAACUGUUUUGUAUUUAUUCUAUUAUAAUAUUUGGUAAAUUUUGUUUUCAAGGCUGGAGAUGUGUUCAUCAUACAACCCUAGCUUUAUCAGUCACCUAACUUACUGCUGAAUUUGAGGAAAACCAAGAGUACAUAGAGUGCAGGCUAAUUUUUGGGGUUGUACAAAGGUUAUUAAAUUCAGGGUCAAGUUAGGUGGGAUUCAUUCUCUCAUGAUCAUCUUGGCAAAUGCAUGUGAUGCCUGUUCAUCCUACAAGGGCAGUAAUUUUUGAGGAUGUUUGUUACUAUUUUUGGAUAAUACCAAUAGGACCAAUUUGCACUGUUUUGCAGUUUUGGAUUUUUAAGUUAUUUUACCAUGUGGUAAUGCUUGGCCAGAAGCAAAGGAAUAUUCAUCUUGCUUUUUAUUCAGUAAAUGGAGAACUUGACAAAGAACACACAUAUCAGUCAGUUUCUUGCAUUUUAAUAACAUUGAUUCAUUAGUUAUCUUACUGAUAUAUUUAUCUCAUAACAGUUUCCUGUUGCCUUUUCUUAAGGGAUGAAAAGUCUUAGGUAUUUUCUGAAUCAAAAUUUUGACAUCCAGGUUUUGUGGAUAUUUUGGAGACAUGUGUAGGAGUAGUCAUAUAUGCAAGUUGUUGUUUUUGUGGGUAUUAAGGUUUGAUUUUAUGCUACAUCAUAGUGUGAUCUCAAAAUCCCCUUUAAAGUAUCUUUUGAUAGUCAUGUAUGGAGCAAUUUUUUCUGGCCAUUUUCCAGGAUUUUUUAAAGUGCAUUUUAUACAAUUGCCAUUUUAACUUUCAUGUGAAGACUACAGAAAAUUGUUCUAUUGUAACAAUCCAACAAAACAUGUGCCAAAUAGUAAUAUGUUUAGGAAUGCUGCAUGUACAAAAUUUAGUGAGAAACACAGUUUGGUUUUGUUAACUCCAUACAAGGUAGAGGAAACCUUGUUUAAAGCCCAAAGUAACAAUAUACUUGUGUUAAUGUUAACAAGCUCGGUAGGCUAAGGGUGUGUGUUGUAGUGAAUUAGACUACUAGUUCAUCUUCUCAUUAGUGGAACCAUUUAUAAGCUGAUGAACAGCUUUAAAUUCUUCCCUACCUUCAGCCUACAAGUAAAGUGAAGCACUGCCAAGAACUAUACAAUGAAACAAGACUUGUCUUCAGACAUGUUUUCAAUAUUUGCUAUAUAUCAAUAAUUUAAGCUGUAGGUAUCCUAUGUUGGUCCCAAAAAACAUUUGCUGUCGGUGUGAAUUGGUGAAUUGGUAUAUCAUAUCAUGUGACAUUGCCAUGGAACCACACUUGUAAAACCAUGGAAUUAUUUAAAUAUGUUGUAUGACACUGCCAUUGAACCAUGCUCUCAAACUAUGGGUAUUGUAUUGAAGAGGAAGUCUCUCAUUUUGGCCAUAUAAUGGAGAUUUUUCUUAUUCUUUUUAUAUCUAUGGAAUGUAACAUUUAUUUAUAUCUCUCCAAGAGUUGGUCAGAGAAACUGUUUUGUUGAAUGUGUAUCAUACAGUACUACUGGUGUACUGUACUGAAAUCUUUGUUCUUUUUCUUCUGUAAUAUUGUUGUUAUGAUUCUUGUUAUUAUUGUUAUCAUUAUUCGGUUUUUCUUUUUUCUUCUUUCUUUCUUUUUUUCCUUAUCUUUGUAUAAUUUUGUCAUAUAUGUUAUUUUUGAAUGAAUGAAUGAAUGAAUGAUUGAAUCUUUUUACUGUAGUAUCAUUUGAACUCGUGAAGAAAAGUGUUAAGGAUUCAAAGUAAAUGUGUAUUUUUAAAAUAUUUUUUUGUAUUCUCUUUUAAUCCACCUUUUCUUUUUUCUCUCUGUCCUUCAUUCCUUACUUUCAUUUCUUUUUCCCUUCCUUCUUGCUUUCCUUACUACAGCUACUACUACUACUACUACUGCUAUCACUACUAUGUUACUAAUACUAAUGCUAUUACUUGUACUGUUGCAACAAUUACAAAAUUCGUUAUUAUUGUGGUCAGUUAGAUCAAUGAUUAUCUUGAAUUUCAUACUAUAAUUAUUUGCUUCUUUAUUUUUGUUGGUUUGCAUGUUUGCUGAUUGAGUGUCAUUUAAUAAGGAAAUCAGGAAGGGAAAAGUCAACCACAAACCUUUUCAUGGCGUACUCUUUUUAUUCUGAUAUUUUGAUGCCUUGUUUCCUUUCCUUUAGUGUGUUUUUAAGUAUUGUCAUUUAAAUUCAUGUCCAGUUUUGUAGUGAAGUGAUUUGUUGUUAAGGAAAAAAAAGUACUGUGAAAUAAUUUUGAGUGUAUGGAAAUAUUGCAUUUCCAAUUAAAUGAAAUAAGCAGGAAUCUUUUUUUUGCUUCUUUGUCACCAGUAUCUUGGUAUUGGCAAAGUAGAUGCUCAUACAUUUAUAGUACUUUUUAAAUUCUAUAUUGACAAAAGACUUCUACCUUAAUAUGGCACUAGUGAAAGAGUACAGUCCAUCCAGGGUUUUGGAGGGAAGACAGGAAUUAAUACCAUCUUUAGCACAGUAUUAGCUGUGUUUUCUAUUGAUCUUAUUUAUGGAUGUGUAACUUAUUUCGAUAAUUUUGUUGUUAAAAAUGGAAUGGUCUCAGUUUUUUAUGUGAUUUCUCUUCUUUUUUUUUUUGAAUCUACAUUUUGUCAGAUGAUAUUGAAUAGGAUGUUGUACAAAGAGAUCAGUGUUUAUAGUAAUAGUCAUGGUGUGCUGAUCAUGCAGUGUUUGCAAGCAGUUCAAUAGCUUUGUUAUAUCUAUUAUUGAGAAUUGCCACAGAUUUUUCACCAGUGAUAAUUGGAACCCUUUAUCUUUCUUUUUUUCUUGUUUCACUAGUUUUGUUUGUGAUAUGAAAGAAAUGUUUUAAUCUUUGUUGAAAAUGUUGAGUCCUGCCCCACCCUUUUUUUUGUCCUUUUUAUUAAGAUUUUGUGUAUUGUAGAGUUUUAAGUAGUAUGGUGAUGCUGCCAGUGAUCAUUAGUGUAAAUUUUAGCUUAUGUGGUGAAUAACUAUUAAAUCUGUUAUUAGGAAAGCUAUACUCUGGAUGUAAAGAUGGUGUUCUUAUACCCAUCAACAUACAGACUGUAGCUUUUUUUAACAGAAGGGAUGUCUACUGCAAUGACUGGAUGUAGUUCUGUAUAGUGUGAAGUAGAAGUGCAACUUGCUGUGACAAAAGACAAGGUGGUCGUCACUGGAUGCAACCUUUUUUGAUAUGCUGUAAAAUACAUGACUGAUUUUUAUACCUCUUUUUCACUGCCAUUCAUAAGAGCUCCAUGCCCACGUGGCCUUCCUGUCAGCAGCCUGGAUUAUAGAUAGCUAUGAGUUGUUAUGUAUAACAUAAAAUUCUACUAGAUUGAUUGUUUAUUAAACUGCCAAAUUUUUCUUCAAUGAAGAGUGUAUGUAGAAAGAGAAAAGAUGAGAUGACUCUAAGAGAACUUAGUUAUAGCAUUCAUGUUUAAAAUUCCAUGGAAGCUAAUAGAAAGGCCAAAUGGGAAAGUAUUGUAAAUAUUGUAAGAUAAAACAAGUGAUUUUUGUUGUGUUGCUGGUCACAAUCACUGAUCUCAUUGUGUGUUCUAAUGCCCUGCUACUGCCAGUUACUCCUCAUGGGUUUUUAUCAAGUCACAGUGAUGAGUACAUGGAGUACCUUAGUGUACACUGUGUGCAUAUGAUACAGCCGGCUUCUGGUUAUCGCAACCAAUGAGCUGGCUUGGGCUGUGUACAUUUGUAACUAGAUUGGUAAUUUUUGGGUCUUAGACAGGGUUCUACUGAGGCAUCUUUGCUGAUAUUGUAUAGAGAUUGGUCUUAAUGAAGAACCAACUAAGACCAACAAUUUCCAUUCUAGUUACAUUUCAUCCCUGCAGAAUGACAACAUAUGAUAACUAAGAGAGAUAGAUAAAAGAGAGUAGCUCAUCUUAUUGUUUUCUUUCUGCUGGGCUGACAAACUCACAAGUGACAACAUUGAUGGUUUAAAAUAUAGGGAUGAUUAACAAUGCAUGUGUUAUAUCUUCCAGAAUCAAAUACUGUAAUUUAAAUGUGAUCCAUCCACUUUUUUGAAGCUAUUUGCUCCACUGGUUUGAAAAAAGAUUAUUCAUAACAGUAAGGGCUUAGCGAGUUGAAACUGCUUGAAACAGUAACGGGAACUUGUAAAUAUUCAUCUGUAUGGAUUCAGGUCAAGUAAAUAUGAGGCUGAAAACUAAAAGAGCAUUGGAAAACCUCACUAAAAAUGUAAAAAUAGAUUAAUCUAUUCUGAUAAUUGUUCAUACCAGCCCAUAGUAGAGUAAGUCUUCAAAAAAUGGACAUGACUGUAAUUCCUCUUCAUCAUUAAUGGUCUAAGAUUAUUGUAAAAGAGAAAGGUAAAUAUAAUUUUUUUCUUUCCUCUCUCUCUAUAUAUAUAUAUUACAAAGUACAAGGAAAUGAAUUUUUGAUUUGACAAGCAAUUCAACCAUGGUUUAUUAUGUGUCCAUCUUUUGAUCAUUUACCCUCAUUUGUCCAUAUGUGGUUUACUCACUUGUGGGAUCAUGACUGUAAGUACAAAAAUUUUGCCCUACCUGUACUUAAUGUAAAAUUUAUCAUUUUUGUAUUGUACAUGUAUUUGGUUCUUAUCUAUGCUGUCUGUAAAAUUGUAUCCAUUGUUCAGAAUAAAAUUCUCAAUUGUUUUUA